GUAGGCUUGUUCGCCACACCAGUCAGUGUUUCCCGAACUGCUGUCAGUGACAGUUCCCCGAUCAUGCGGCGGCGGAUCCUCGAUAAUUGAUCCGUAUCAAUAAUCGAGAUCCUUCUUUUUUUUUUGUUUCAAUCUGUUGCCGAUCUGCCGGCAAUUCUGUCGUGUUGUUGAGUUUUCUCUCCGUUUUGUACUGUUUGUCCAUUAGUAGGACGCUGCCCGGAGGAUCUUUCGACGGUUCUUCCCCUCGGUGCUACGAGUCACCGUUGUUGUUGUUGUUGUUGUUGUUGUUGUUGAGUAACUGGAGCGAUCAUGGUGUCGAUCAGCAGAACGACCCGGAGGCUGUCGCUCGUUUGCUUCGCGGUGCUGCUUCUAGGCCUCCUUCAGCACGCCGAAGGCGCGAGGAAGAGAUUCCGCAGGCCGACGACUUCCGCCCCGUCGAUCUCGAACGAUCAGGAGGUCUCAGCCAGUGUCAACAGGUUCAAGGUUACGCGAAAUCGUGUCAGCAAUAAGAACACGAAGAACGAGCUUCAAGCACCUGGCAGGACGAGCGAUUACAAGCUCGUAUGUUAUUAUACGAAUUGGUCCCAGUAUCGCACAAAGAUCGGCAAGUUCCUGCCGGAGGAUAUUCAACCUGACCUCUGCACCCACAUUAUCUUCGCCUUCGGAUGGUUGAAGAAGAACAAACUGACCAGUUUCGAAUCGAAUGACGAAACGAAGGACGGCAAGAUUGGUCUGUACGAGAGGGUGGUGAAUCUCAAGAAAGCCAAUCCAUCCCUGAAAGUUCUGCUUGCAAUCGGCGGUUGGUCCUUCGGCACGCAAAAGUUCAAGGAUGUGUCAUCGACGAGGUACGCCCGGCAGACCUUCAUCUACAGCGCUAUACCAUAUUUGCGAGAUAGAAACUUCGACGGCCUUGACAUCGACUGGGAAUAUCCGAAGGGUGGGGACGAUAAGAAGAACUACGUCCUUCUGCUGAAGGAGUUACGAGAGGCUUUCGAGGCGGAGGCGCAGGAGAAGAAAAAACCCCGUCUCCUGCUAACCGCCGCGGUCCCAGUCGGGCCUGACAACGUGAAGAGUGGAUACGAUGUGCCGGCAGUUGCAAGUUACCUGGACUUCAUUAAUCUCAUGGCCUAUGAUUUCCAUGGGAAAUGGGAGAGAGAAACCGGUCAUAACGCCCCAUUGUACUCCUCGUCGUUGGAUUCGGAAUGGCAGAAACAAUUGAGUGUCGACAAUGCCGCUACUAUGUGGGUCAAACUUGGUGCACCGAAAGAAAAGUUGAUCAUAGGCAUGCCCACGUACGGCCGGUCAUUCACCCUUUCGAAUCCAACUGCCAACUUCCGCGUACACGCCCCAGCUAACGGUGGCGGAAAGGCGGGAGAAUACACCAAGGAGUCUGGUUUCCUUGCGUAUUACGAGAUUUGUGAGAUGCUGCAUAACGGUGGCGCCUACGUUUGGGACGACGAGAUGAAGGUACCCUAUCUGGUGUACAACGAUCAGUGGGUUGGUUUCGACGAUGAGAGAUCUGUCAGAAAUAAAAUGCACUGGCUGAAGAGCAAGGGCUACGGUGGUGCGAUGGUAUGGACGAUCGACAUGGAUGAUUUCAAUGGUACCGUUUGCGGUGGAAAUGUACGGUAUCCUCUGAUCGGUGCGAUGAGGGAGGAGCUUAGGGGUAUCUCGCGAGGUUCCAAUGCCAAGGACGUCGACUGGACGGCAGUUGCCACUACUAUUACGGAGACGGUCGUGAAGAAACCGGAGCCUUACAAGAUUUCCGUCUCGGAGGUGCUCAACAAAUCAAAGAAGGUUCAGAAAGUUACACAACUUGUCAUCAACACUCCGAUCCAAGAGAGAGAGGCGCAGACCAUUUGUUAUUUGACAAAUUGGUCUCAUAAAAGGCCGGGAAUGGGUCGAUUUAGUCCGGAAGACAUCGAUCCUACUCUCUGCACCCAUGUGGUGUAUGCGUUCGCUACUUUGAAGGAUCAUCUACUUACCGAAGGAAGUGAUAAAGAUGCUGAAAUGUAUCAGAGACUGAUCGCACUUCGCGAGAAGAAUCCGGAUAUUAAGAUUUUACUUGCGAUUGGAGGAUGGGCAUUCGGCUCGACGCCCUUCAAAGAACUCACCAGUAACACAUUCCGAAUGAACCAAUUCGUCUAUGAGGCUAUUGAUUUUCUACGAGAAUAUAAAUUCGACGGGUUGGAUGUUGACUGGGAAUAUCCAAGAGGAGCCGAUGAUCGAACUGCCUAUGUUAAUCUUUUGAAGGAACUGAGGCUAGCUUUCGAGGGUGAAGCAAAGAGUUCCGACCAGCCCAAGUUAAUCCUGUCAGCCGCGGUGCCUGCAAGUUUUGAAGCUAUCGCUGCAGGAUACGAUGUCCCUGAAAUAUCCAAGUAUUUGGACUUCAUUAACGUGAUGGCAUACGACUUCCACGGUCAGUGGGAGAGACAAGUUGGUCACAACAGUCCAUUGUAUCCCUUAGAAAGUGCUACUAGCUAUCAGAAAAAGCUAACAGUGGAUUAUAGUGCACGAGAAUGGGUGAAGCAAGGAGCGCCAAAAGAAAAGCUUAUGAUUGGAAUGCCAACGUAUGGCAGAUCCUUCACGCUGGUCGACAAGGAUAAAUUCGACAUUGGUGCACCAGCAUCCAGUGGUGGAGUGGCAGGAAACUUCACCAAUGAGUCCGGAUUUUUGUCUUACUAUGAAGUUUGCAGCUUCUUAAACGAAGACAAUACGACUCUGGUGUGGGAUAGUGAGCAGCAAGUACCAUUUGCGUAUAGAGACGACCAGUGGGUCGGAUUCGAUGAUGAGAGAAGUCUUAUUAACAAGAUGAAUUGGCUUAAGGAAGAAGGCUUUGGAGGAGUGAUGAUCUGGUCAGUUGACAUGGACGACUUCAAAGGAUCUUGCGGAGCAGGGAAGUAUCCGCUGAUUAAAGCAAUGAAGAAGGAACUUCAAGACUACAAGGUCAAGUUGGAAUACGACGGUCCUUACGAAAGUACCUCAAGAAGUGGAAAGUACACUACUAAGGAUCCAAACGAAGUACUGUGCGACGAAGAAGACAAUCAUAUAUCUUAUCAUGCGGACAAGAAUGAUUGCACGAUGUACUACAUGUGCGAGGGCGAGCGCAAGCAUCACAUGCCCUGUCCUGCGAAUCUGGUCUUUAAUCCUAACGAGAACGUCUGCGACUGGCCUGAGAAUGUCGAGGGUUGUUUGCAGCACACGCAAGCACCGCCCGUAUAAAAGAGGAGAGCAGUAAAUAAUUUUUUGCAGUAUGCGAAACUGUAAGGUAAAAAAAAACGCAACGAGGAAGUUUAGGGAAAAUAAUUUUAUUGAAAGUGUUCAUUUCAAUUCGCAAGCAAUAGUAUAUAUUAUCAUUGCGUCGACAAGUUUUAUUAUAGAAUUGUUUCUCCCAUUCUAUAUUCCCCACAAGUACCUUACUGUCUAUACAUCUUUAUUCUUACUUUUUUUAAGAAUUUUUCCAUUCUCGUGUAUUUUUAUCCUCGCCAUCUGUAUAAAGCAUAAGCGAAAAAUCAUGACAAUUACAUUUGUAAAUAAAGAUAAAUUCUUGGAAUACUUA